GAAGUUAUUGGAACAGUACGAGGAACUUGUCGAGCGUAGCGCAUCCGAGAUGUCGUACGCCUGGAAGGGCAGCCUCGUCGUGACUUACUUCCUGAGCGCAGUGUCCAGCUACACCUCUAUUAUAUUGUUUUACACGUUUUGGUACGACGUGUGCGGAAGUCACUGUCUCUUCUGGGCGGAAGUCGAGCUGCGACCGACGUUUUCGUCCAAUGCAACUUUAGAAAAUAACGCGACGAAUUACGACUGGACUAAGGACGUUCUCGUCGCAUAUCAUUCUCAAAAGCAUUGUAACUGGUUUAUAUUCGCUUGUAUGCUGUCAUGCCUCUUUGCCAUCACUUUGCUCAUGAUGUUCUCCAUUUGUGGAAAGGGCGGCUAUGACAGGAGCUUAUUCACAGCACCCUGGAGAAUCGUCAUGCCUGCGCAAGUUGGCAGUUUGAGCAUGAUGCUCGUGACGAUGUCCGCUGCGCACGAGUUCAGCCACGGUUAUUUCCACUUUAGCAAGAACCUUCAUCAGUUUGCUCAUCGGAUUUUGCAAAGCACAAACAAAACGUUCCGAUACAACCAUCCCUGCGAAGCUUUUCAAACCUUCAUCGACAGCCACAACAUUUAUCACUAUGACUCUUGCGGUAUUCAUAUGAUGAUAAAAGUUUCAUCUUGGAUGAUGACGUGGAGUUGGAUAGGAAGUUUCGUCAUUCUGUGUUUGCGUGUAUUGACGUCCGCCGAUUUCAACCUGAUGAAAGUAAAAGUUUACGAGAUUCCAAAAAAUAAGUCCGAAAGACUGAAAAUUUUCGAAAAGUUAAGAGAAGGCAGAGCCAGCAUCGACACGCAGCCAAGGGACGAUAAAAGAUCGCUGAAAGUGAAAGUACUUUAGAUUGUAAACCGAAUAACAGUAUUUUAAUGUGAAA